UCUAGACUUCCUGAUGGAUUCACCCAGCUAAAAUGUUUGACAAGUUUAUGUCUAAAUGACGUUUCCUUGGUCCGCUUGCCUCCUGACAUUGGCAGGUAAAAUUAAUAACCUAAGCAAAUAAUUAAAUGAUAUGUCAGAACAGGUUCUGAACUUUAAAUUUUUUCUCAAUAUCCAACUGGGAAACCAUGACUCCAAAGUUUAGUAUCCCCCCUGAGAAUUCAGUAUCCCAUUUCUGGAAUCCAAAUAAGUUUCCAUAACUCUCACUGCUGCAAAUUACAAUGACAACAGGAGAUUCAACAGUCAAUUCAAUGCACAUAAUAUGAGGAAAGGGUUGGGUUGCAAACUCAUAGUAUUCAAAAGCUAUCAAAUGUUUAAAAUUUUCUUACUAUCCAAAACAAUUUGGUAUCCAAAACCAAAUUUUUGUAUCCCGUGGAUAUCGGGAUACUGCCAGACUGCUAACUUUGCCCAUUGUGCACCGAAUAUGAUUUUGUUGCCAAAAAAUAUGCACUUAUAUUUCAUGGGAGGGACAGAAUGUGCACUCAGGUGGUAAGUGAGGAAAUUUGCACAUCAGUGACAUCACUAAAGUAUCAAACUUUUGAGUAGUUUUGAAAGUACAUUUUGUUAAAAAAAUUUUAAAAUUCUGUGCAAAGUGCUCACAUAAUGCGCACCUGACUUCAAUUCUUAAAACACACGCACUUCAUCUCAAAAAAUGUGCACAGGAUAUCUUCCGUGCGCACAGCAAAGUUAGUAGUGUGGGGAUACUGCAAAUUUCAGACCCUCAGAGUGUUGUAACAUGAACUGACCAAACUUUUGUUUUAGUUUGGCAGAGUUGCAAGUGUUGGAAUUACGUGAGAAUUUGAUCAAGUUUAUACCAGUGUACGUAUUUACAAUGUUUUAUCUAAAUACUGUGGAAACUUCACAUUCACAUUUUACUUUGUGUAAUUGCAGACAAUUUUAGUAUUUUCCUCAUCAGUUGUGUUUGUUUCAACAGAUCAUUGUCAUUUUUAACCAAACUAGAAAGAUUAGACCUUGGAUGUAAUGAGCUGGAAGAUUUAGUAAGUGAAAUAAAAUUAUUCUAAAUUUUUGGGAUCUGACUGAAGGGCCUGUUUACAGAAUAGAGACCACACAGAAAGCUAACUCGGCCAAAAAAGCGUAGCCACUGUCACACCAUGAUUCACAAUGAUUCAUAUUGCCGUGUUCCUAGACACUGCUCAUAUGAGAGGCAUUCACCCCCUGAAGGUCCACUAUUUUGAGUCUUUUCAGGGGGGUGAAUGCCUCUCAUAAGCGCACUGCCUAGGAACACAGCAUUGCAACGCCAAGAAGUCAGCCUUCUGUAAGGUCUCUAUUCCGUGACCUGUUGUAGCAUUUUUUUUCAAAUCCACCAAAAUAUUUAUCUAUUUUUUUGUUUGUGCAUUUGUAGCCUGAUAUAAUUGGAUCACUUCCUGAGCUUGUUGAGUUAUGGCUGGACGGCAAUCUUCUCAGGACGCUACCCAUGGAAAUUGGCAAUUUAAAACGACUGCAGAUAUUUGACUGCUCAGAGAACAGGAUAGAAUACCUUCCUGAUGAAAUUAGUGGAUUGGUUGCUCUGAGUGAUUUUCAUUUGUCUCAAAAUUUACUAGAGGUUAUCCCUGAUACUAUAGGUAAGCCUGGGGGUAAGCCCCUCUCCCACCCCCACCUAGAGAGAAGUCUACCACUCCAGCCCAGAGUUGCUACCUCUGUCCUGCACCAAAGAGAAUUAACACUCCUAGAAAGUUAGCACCACCCCUUUCCCAAAAGAAAGUUAUCUCCCCCCCCCCCAAGAAAGGCAGCACUACCCCUUGGAACAAUGUUAGCACCCCCUCUUUCUCCCCUCUUUCCCCAGUUACCACCCCUGCUGCAGAGAGAAAGUUAGGCUCCCCCCUCCCCAAGGCAAUCCUGCCCUCAGAAAGGGUUACAGUAGCACCACCCCUUUGCCCCACAGAAAGUUGAAACAAUUGAAAGUUAUAAUACUUGUUCUUAAAAUUUUCUAGGCGAGUUAAAACAACUUGAGUUGCUCAAAGUAGACCAGAAUAGAUUGAUCCAGUUGACUGAUGCCAUUGGAGGGUAGGUUUCAUUUUCACUGCAAUGGUUUGUUUUUGAAACAGCUUGGCAUAUUUAUAAUUGUCUUAUUAUCUCUUAUUUCACAGUGCAAUGAAGGUUUCAGAAUUAGUACUCACAGAAAACUUAUUAGAGGUGGGUUAGGUUUGAAAAAUACCAGUAAGAAUUAUUGUGAAGUUUUAUUAAUUAAAUAGAUAAAAAGUAAAAUUAUUCUUUCCCCAACAGGAUCUGCCUCCAUCCAUUGGCAAACUUGUGAAUCUUUCUGUUUUUAAUGUUGAUCGAAACCAAUUACAAAUGUUACCAGUUGAGGUAAGUCAUUGCUGUGUAUAUAACUUAGAAACACAAAUAAUUACCUUGAAUUUAUUAUUUUCAAGUAGUUUAGACACAAACCACGACAACUUACAGUAUUGUAGAAUGCUACCUACACUGGACCACCAUGUUUGAGAUAUCUUUUUCAGGUAGUUCAGACACAAACCACAACAGCUUAUUGUAGAACAUCCCUUCAAUUUAAGAAUUUUAUUUAUGUUUAAUUUUAUGUUUAUUAGAUUGGAAACUGCAGUAGUUUGACGGUGUUGUCAAUGCGAGAAAAUUGUCUGACAAGGUUGCCUUCUGAGAUAGGAAACUGUCGAACUCUUCAUGUGUUGGAUGUUUCUGGAAAUAGGUAGGAUUUCUGGAUUUGUAAGAAAUUCUUGAGGGAACUGGCUCGCUAUUCUAGCUAGCUCCUCUGGAUAGUUUGUCUUGUGUCACCAAUAAGAUAAAUGAUCCAUCUGAUAAAUUGUUCCAUCUUUAAAACCAGCUCAAUCUAUUUCGUUUUUUUAGACUGGAGAAUUUACCUCUGACCAUUGGAACUCUACCUCUGAAGGCACUUUGGUUAUCUGAAAACCAAGUAAGGAAACAUUGAGUAGUGCGAACACUUCACCUUGAUGGGUUAAGUAGUUGAUCUGAGUAUCCAUUAUCGGUAAAUAACUGUAUGACAAUUUUGUUUAGUCAAAAGCAAUAUUGAAGUUACAGACGGAAGAUGAUGAGAGGACAAACACGAGAGUUUUAACAUGUUUCUUGUUGCCACAGAGUGAACCAAACUUUGAUUUGGGUAUGAUUGCUUGUCUCAGUUGGAUAGCUCUAUCAGUCCUAAACUGUUCUCCCUAGAUGUCCAGUAAGGAUCAUGUCUUAUUGAUCCAGUAUUACUACACGAGGAAAGCUAAACUAAACUAACUUUAUUUAUACUGGAUAGCUCUAUCAGUUUUUAGAUGUUCUCCCUAGAGGUCCAGUAAGGAUCAUCUCUUAUUGAUCCAGUGUUACUACAGGAGGAAACCUAAACUAAACUAACUUUAUUUAUACUGGGUAGCUCUAUCAGUUCUAAACUGUUCUCCCUAGAGGUCCAGUAAGGAUCAUGUCUUAUUGAUCCAGUAUUACUACACGAGGAAAGCUAAACUAAACUAACUUUAUUUAUACUGGAUAGCUUUAUCAGUUCUAAGAUGUUCUCCCUAGAGGUCCAGUAAGGAUCAUUUCUUAUUGAUCCAGUGUUACUACAGAGGAAACCUGAGCACCUAAAGAAAACCUGUGAUGUUUGGUAGAGUCAAACUGGAUGUGACUGAAGUGAAGUUAUAAUCAGACAACUGCAUAUUUGAAAGAUAAAAAUUGAAAGGCACAUGAACAAACGGCAGUCGAACCACUGUGAGACCAACGGCCGACAUUGAACUGCAUCAGACGUUCAAUAUUUACUUUGCAGAAGACUUCGAGGCGGAAGAUCCAGAACACUUCCAUUACGAACCACGUGAGAAACCACCAGUUGAGCUUGGCUUUGUCAACGAACACGUGACCUUCUCGGAUGAAGAAUCUGAUCACGAUGAUGAAAGAGAGGUAAUUGCUACAUUGAUGUCAACAUUUGUUACAAGUAUAUCAAAAUGGUCCUUCCCAUAUGCCAUCCAGUCAUGAUCUGGUGACGAGAAUGUUCAUUUGUUUUUUAUUGUUUUGAAAAUCCUACUGUUCUCCAUGUCAUCCAAUACUCAGUGUUUUGGCUUAUAUUAGCAUUCAUGCAAAGGACCUUUUGCUGUUGUUUGAUGACGGAAUUUGUGGCAGAAUUUGGUGUAAGUUGUUUUCACAUCAAAAUGUUAUCAUUUUCAGACUGACUUCGUGCGCCACGAUACACCUCAUCCAAAGGAUUUGAAGGGAAGACAUCCGAAAAUAUUUUCACAUAAACCAAGAUCUGGCUCAGUGAACUCCGAAGAAGAGGUAAAAUGUUGGUCACUUUAAAACACUAAACUAACUUUAUUUAUACUGGAUAGCUCUAUCAGUUCUAAACUGUUCUCCCUAGAGGUCCAGUAAGGAUCAUCUCUUAUUGAUCCCGUGUUACUACAGGAUGAAACCUAAACUAAACUAACUUUAUUUAUACUGGAUGGUUCUAUCAGUUCUAAACUGUUCUUCCUAGAGGUCCAGUAAGGAUCAUCUCUUAUUGAUCCAGUGUUACUACAGGAGGAAACCUAAACUAAACUAACUUUAUUUAUACUGGAUAGCUCUAUCAGUUCUAAACUGUUCUUCCUAGAGGUCCAGUAAGGAUCAUCUCUUAUUGAUCCAGUGUUACUACAGGAGGAAACCUAAACUAAACUAACUUUAUUUAUACUGGAUAGCUCUAUCAGUUCUAAACUGUUCUUCCUAGAGGUCCAGUAAGGAUCAUCUCUUAUUGAUCCAGUGUUACUACAGGAGGAAACCUAAACUAAACUAACUUUAUUACUCCGCCUGCGCAUGCGCAGUGCGGAGUCUAAAAAUGCCUGAGUCUGUUGUCGGUUGUCGACUGUCGUCAGUGUCACAAACAGGCUCCUUGAUAAAUGUGUACAUUCCAUGAUAUUUAGAUACUUUCUAUUGACAUUUGUGGAUAAUGUUAUACGAUUUGGCAGCGCAAUGCGCAUGCUUACAGCUCUGCUUACAGUAUUUUUCUAAACUGCGAACUGUGAAACGGUCUUGUGCGAUGAAAAAUACUAAAAAGAUGAAUGUCAAGACAAAGCUUCCAGACUCAACUGAGGUAAGGGAUACUAAACAUUCUUAUUUUGGUAGUACAUGCUGCAUUUUGGCAACAAGAAAUUCUUUAAAGUCAUAAAUAUAAAUAAAAAUAUUCACUCCUACUGUACAGUAUGUCGUAUUAAAUGUCGAUCUUAUAUUCUUGACUAGCAAAAUAUAUUCUUGUGUGAAAGGUCCCUACAAUGUUCUGAAGAGUUUAGGCUAUGUAGUGUUGAGGCUAUCGGGUUAUUAAAUAUAUUUCAAUGUUUUGAAGAGUUUAGGAAAUGUAGUAUUGAAGCUGUCGUGUUUAUAAUUUACUAUACAUGUUUAGUACGCAACUACCGGAAACGGCAGCCAUGUGGUAGUAUUAAGACAAAGAAUCUCAUUAUUUUUUACUGAAUUUCGCACAUUCUUUUAAUUCUCAAGGGAUUGGUUGCAAGACAAGAAUAUAAUCUAUGAUAUAUAGUGAUGUUAACAAAUAACAGAAACGUCAGCUUCUUGAACUCACAGCCAGCUUGGGUUUGCUUGCUUUGCUCUUUCUACUGCCCUUGUGUGUUAUGUAUCGAUCAAUUCGAAACUUCACCACCCCCCCCCCGGGCCGACCCCGGGAAUUUGAACUUUUUGAAAUUUGACUGAUCAAAUUCUCCACCCCCUGUGCAAAAAAUGUCUUCAAAUGCCCCACUGUAACAAGAAAUUAAGCGUUCAAAUGCCCCACCUUCAUAUGAAAAUUAUGAAACAGUGAAUACAAAAAGUACAAAAUAUACGGAAAUGUUUUUCGACAGGAUAGCGAAAUCCACGUAAAAAGUUUGGAUACCUUCUGCAAAUUUAACAGUUUUACACAAUUAUGUAGUACAUACCUUCAAAUGAAGCACGUAGAUUUUCCAUGCCCGUUUCUUUGAGCCAGUUUUUCACAAAAUUGAGGCUGUUUCCCUCGAAAUCUGAGAAAACUGUAUUUGCCGCCAAUGCAAAGUAUUUUCUGUUCAUGCAGGAAGCACGCGAAAACGGGCAAAAUGUUAAGACUUCCGGUUCAAAUUCCCCACCCCGUUAUCAAAUGCCCCACCACAUGGAAGACCUAGAACGUCAAAUUACCUACUUCCUAGAGAAGACUUGAAGUCAAAUUCCCGGGGUAUGCCCGGGGGGGGGGAUGGUGCAGUUUCGAAUUGAUUGAUACAUUAAUAGAUACUAUGUGUUGUGUAAUGUAUUUAAUUCAACCCUACUAGGACUCUGGGCAGAAUACCUACCAAGCCACUCAAACAUGCUUUUUGGGCCUCUAUUAUUACAAUGAUGGGCCAAACAGAAUUGGUGUGUCAGAAUUAAUAUCCUAUUUCUGUCUCUUAUAGGUUAUGGCACUUUCUUAUGAAAAUUCAAUGUAAAGUUUGGACAUUAGGACGUCAGUUUCAGGCUCCUUGCAUGCCAUCACAGCCAGUUUAGACAUCAGCUUCAGCCCCCUACGCACGUGUUAAUUAAGACGUGUAGUGGCGUCAGCAUUAGCCAAACAUCGCCACUUCGGCUUAUAUUUGACUUCACUUUUCCGUCGCACCCUACAUUGUCCCCAUUUUCUCCGCAGGCUGGCAGGCGGAGUGAACGCCUGAGUAGGCGUCUUGUUUAUACUGGAUAGCUCUAUCAGUUCUAAACUGUUCUUCCUAGAGGUUUAAUUUUGUUGGCAUCAAGCCCUCCAACUGAUUGGAAUGUUCCAUUAUUUUGAAAAUGUUCUCCAUGCCAUCCAGUCACUCAAAGUUUUGACGUAUUUUUGACGUUAUUGAAAGGAGAACUAUUAUUUAUGUAUUUCCAGGAAAAGCGGAGAUUAUCAAAAGGCGCGGAGUCUGGUUCGGACACGGAACACGAGAAACACCGCAAACCUGGAGUGAGGAUUCAUGAUUCUGAACCUGCAAUCCGGAUUGAAGAACACCCGGCGGUGAUCGUGGAUCAGAAUGAAGCAUUGGUUUUAUCUUCAACUGUGGAAGAACAACACCAGAGUGCCCCUGGGGAAGAGGGUCAUCACGAGGUAAAGGCCUGGGACUCUGCUUGCCACUGAUCUGGAAAUAACACUGGAUUGUAGGGCUGUGCGGUUAAACCAGAAGAUUCGAUCGGUCCGGUGCUAUUUUUAGCACCGGAAGUCAGCGCCGAGCUUACGAAAAAGAACCUUUCGGUUUCCGACGUGUCGCCGCUUUGUGUCGGAAAAACUAGAAAAUGCUGAAGAAAGAUUUCUUUAUUUUCAGAAUAUAUGUAAUUAUUCCUCUAAAUAGUCUAUAAAUCAAUGGAGAUAUUUUAUUUAACUUGUUAUAAGUUGUUUUUUAGAUGUUAUAUUACAAUUUAUUGAGAAAAUGGUUUAAAGUGUUUUUCUUUUGAAAAUACCGACACCGAAGCGAGGUUCUUUCUUCCCGAAACCGAGAUGAAAUCUCUGGAACCGCACAGCUCCACUGGAUUGAGUAUCUUGUUGAAAAUCAAGCCGGAUAAACUGAUGGCAUGUCUUUCAACAUUGAACUAAUUUAUAGUAAAGACCAAUGAUUCGUCUGGACGAACUUGGAUAAAGAAAAGUUUGUGUGAUAUCUCGUCAAACGCGCUGGAUAAUCCGUGUGGAUGAACUGCCUGCGUAGUUUGUUCACUGAAGUGGAGCGCUAUAUAAAAAACAGCGUCCUGAUCCAGGCAAACGCGCAUGCGCAGUCCCUCUUGAUGGAUGUUCUGACAAUUUUUGUACAUCGGAAUAGAUGGAUAAUCCAAGUGACGAUAUAUACACACUUUUUAUACCAGAAACGGUUGCGAAAAAUACAACACUAGGUCCUCUGGCAGGAUCGAUAUUCAGUUUCAACCAAGUGAAAAAAAAAUUUCAAGAUCUGAUACUUUUUUGUGUGUGUUGGUGUUAUAUCAACGAAAUAUCUCGAGCCGACUUGACCUCGCUCAGUUGGUAGAGCAUUGGACUAGUAUCCCAAAGGUCGCGGGUUCGAUUCCCACCGUGGACAGGCUAACUUUUCAGCUUGCCCGCUGUGGAUGCACAUUCAGAGUAACAUCACAAACAUCAUAAAAAUCUUUCAACUUCACCUAUUGUUGUAAGUAGGAAAUUACACGAAUCAGGAAAAUAUCAAUCAUCAUUUCUUUCCGGAAUCAUUGCCAGUAAAGAUCACGCUAUUCUAGCUCGUUACACUGAGACGGAUGAUUAUGUCUUGAUGAAUUUUCUAUCUCGGCUUGAUGAUGAUGAUAAACAUUAUCUAACCACGCUAACAUUGUCAACUGAAACUGGUUUCCACAAUGGGCUUGUGACAAAAAGUAACAUUACAAAAAAAGUUAAUGGUAGUAAGAAAUGUACAUGCUGUGAAAAAAACAAUUUACUAUUUACAACCAUUACGUUAAUUUACUAUUUACAACCAUGAUUUAAUGGCGAUGGGUGGCGAUUUUCCUUUCGAAAAGUCUACUUUACCAUUGAAAGAGUGGACGAGCAACAGCAAAUGUCUUUUCAUAUUUUAGGAUGAAGAACUAUUGGAUGACGAGGACGGAGAAUAUUCCAGGUCGGUGGGGUUUCUCGUGGCGGAGGGCGAGGAGCCAGCAGAAAGUAACUACAGACUAAAGAGAACAAACACUCCUCACUAUACCAAGGGAAAGAGACUUUAUUCAGACAAAGAGGACAUUCAGGAAAAAUUUCAUGAAAUAAUGGCGAAAGUUGGGCAGAGGGAUUAUAACGAUGACGAUUCUGAUGAACAACGGGUAAGCAUCAAUUUAUUUUUUACCUAAAAUAUUUAACUGAACUAACUUUAUUUAUACUGGAUAGCUUUAUCAGUUCUAAACUGUUCUUCCUAGAGGUCCAAUGAGGGUCUCAUCUUAUUGAUCCAGUGUUACUACAGGAGGAAAUCUAAACUAAACUAACUUUAUUUAUACUGGAUAGCUCUACCAGUUCUAAACUGUUCUCCCUAGAGGUCCAGUAAGAGUCGUGUCUUAUUGAUCCAGUGUUACUACAGGAGGAAACUGAAUCACUUGGAGAAAACCUGUGAUGUUUGGUAGAGUCAAACUGGAAGCACUCUUCUCACAUGUGACUGAGGUGAAAUUAUAAUCAGACAACUGCAUAUUACAGGAAUCAAAUCUCAGUCACAGAGAUGGAAGACGAUAAAGUUAAGCUACAUUUGUGUGAUGUUAUCUAAACUUGUUUAUGAUUAAAUAUAUAACUCGUAUGUAAUUAUUAACAAUUAACAAUACAGUAUAAUUUUAAAUUUUAAUAUGCAGUACUAAAUUCAUAAAUACCUGACAUUAAAAUAUUUAAAGUAAUGUGAAAUUUGCAGACUAAACGAUCCAGUUAACGACAUAAUUAAACGCGUAACUAACUUUAAAAAUAAACGAGAAAUAAACAGACUAAAAAUGAAAAUAAAAUCCAAAAUUUUGAAACCUAAAUCUCAUCUGUAGAAGUAAUCUAAGUAUUAAAAAUCUACCUUGACAUGUAAGUGGUUGCUAUUCAACAUUACAAAAGGUUUGCUUUUUUUCAGUUUUGUAUACAAUGUGCUUGCGAUUUAUUACGUUUAUGAUGUUGGUAACUGGAUCUCAAUGGCCUAUACUAAGAAAACAUAUAGUUGAUAAUUCCUAUUGACUGGCUUUCACUUCUCAUAUCAAUAAUUCAGCACCUUAUUGAAAGGAAAUCUUAUCCUUGUUUUGGUACCACGGUAAUCGACGUCCAUAAAUUAAGAAUCUUUCGCGUUGAAUUUCUCUUUCAAUACUGGUUCGUUAUAUCGUACACUCGAUGGUGUUCAUUAGAGUGAUUUUAAAACGCAAAAAUCUAUGUGAAACGAUUCGUCAAAACAGUAGUUUCUCGAGGCCAUCUUAGGAAUUAUCAAAAAUAAUCUUUCCUGAUGUACCAAGAAGCUGGUCUGCAAAUUUCAGGCCGGAGAGGCCAUUGAGAUCACAUACUAACACUUUUUCCAGUUUCUACAUGUUUUCUGUUACGUUAAGGAGAGUGGCGAAGAAGACGAUCACCCCAGAGAUAAUGAAGGUCAGUGGGUACAUUCUAUGCUGUUUUUCUUAGUGGUCCAGUAAGAACCAUCCCUAUGUUCGUCCAGUGUUACUACAGGAGGAAACCUAAACUAACUUUAUUUAUACUGGAUAGCACCAUCAGUUCUAAACUGUUUUUCCUAGUGGUCCAGCAAGGAUAAUCUCUUAUUGAUAACACUGUAUUUAUUUACAGAUGGUCCCCCGUCAACACAUGUCAAUGGUAUAAAUGGAUUACCUUCAAACAAAAAUGGCGACGACCAUUUUGUGACCGUCACGAAAAUCGUAGAAGAGGUAAGAAGCCUAGUAACUCCAGACGAAGGAGGGCCCAUUGAACUAUAAAUAAACUGGAAGGCUAACUCAGGGGGGGAAAUUGAAGCCAGUGCAUUUUAGUUUUUCUGAGUUAUGAGCAGAAAUACUCAACACUGAACGUUGGGCUAUAUAUCAAAUUGAAGCUAUUGAAAAACGCUAUUUGGUGUAGAAAUUUCAAGACUUUAGCUAAAAGGGAAAUAUUGAAAAACUACAAACAUAAUUACCGAUAAUUUGCCGUUUUGCAGUUGUUUUUGUAUUUUUUAAAUAUUUUUCUUUUCGCUGAAGUCUUGAAAUUUCCACACCGAAUAGCAAUUUUCAAUAGCUUCAAUUUGAUAUAUAGCCCGACGUUUGGGGUCAAGUAUUUCUGCUCAUAACUCAGAAAAACUAUUUUGGCUUCAUCAAAUCAUAGGCCUUCAUCAUAGCAGUUAGCCUUCCAGUUUAUUUAUAGUUCAAUGGGGGGGCCUUCCCACGAAACGUCGAAAUUCUCCUCACAUUUACCAGGUAGUCGCAUCCCUACCGACGAAAGCUUGUAUGCAUAACUGACGUCAUUUCUGGAUUGUUUCAGAUAACGUACACGUUGGUAAGAAACGGAGCAGGACUGGGGAUUAAUAUCGCCGGAGGCAAGGGCUCCACUCCGUAUAGAGACCAUGACGAGGUGCGUAUUUAUACUCGAUAUAAUUCAUUGUAGAAUUUUUCACAACUGUUCCUGGUUAGGUGUAAUGAAUGUAUAAAAUUAUUGUUAUCAAAAUAUUUAUUAAUGUUUUUUCUAGAGUAUUUUUAUAUCGAAAAUUAACGAGAAAGGCCCUGUAGGCCGAGAUGGUAUUUUACAGCCUGGGGAUAAAUUAAUAUCGGUGAGUAACAUUGACUAUCGAAGGGAAGAUCUAUGGCUGUGAAACUCAUUAGAAUAACAAUAUAACUCAUUAGAAUAACAAUAUUUAACAAUUAUUCGCCGAAGGCGAGAUGAUUAUCGGGGAAUAUUCGCCGAGACGAAGUCGAGGUGAAUAUUCCCCGAUAAUCACCAAGCCUGAGGCGAAUAAUUUUUUUUGUGUUUUUGCACAAGUUUUUUUUGUGUUUUCCUGGUCUGAAUUCAUUUUAAUUUCGCUUAUUUCUUCAUCACUAACUUCAACAAAACGGCUAGCUGCCAUUUUGAAAAUUUCGAUUUUGUUAUAUUCACCUGUAGCAAUGUUUUAGGAGAGUUACCUAUCCGUGACUCGAACAAUAAUAGGGUAAUAAAUUGCUAUUGGUGGAUUUGGCAAAAAUACAAUACACACGUGACGGUGAAGGACUUAUGAAUAAACGUUAACUAACAUAGAUAAUGAGUCGCGGUCAGUCACCUCAUGAGAUACCUCAGUCACUGAGGUGACAAGUUUGAUUAUGUAUUCCACCCGUGUGCAGGUAAAUGACGUGGACAUCAGCGAAGCCAGCCACAACGAUGCAGUGCAAGUUCUCAGCAAUGCUGGAGAUACGGUCAAAAUGAUCAUAUUACGAGAAACCGAGGAGCUUGCCGAACCUGUCACGGAGAAUGGCGAGGAGGAACCGAAGCCCGAAACGACUGAGAUUCUGACCCCGGCUCCAAAGGAAGUGAAAAAGUCUGGUGUGAGAUUUGCGGCGGAACCAGAAAUGGAGGAGAUAGAAACGGCCACAGAGGUACAAUAGUUAACAGCAAUUAUUGCGUGGCUGACACAGUGGUCAGUGCAUUGUGAUCGAGCUUUGAUUCCUGCAAUAUGCAGUUGUCUCAUUAUAUAGUUAGCAUUUCUCACGGCCGAUUUUGCCGCCAUUUUGGUGGUACUGCUUCUUCCACGUUUGAGAGUCUCCGCACCACGAAAUACAACUUUUUAGUAUUGUAGUUGUUUGUAUAAUGGUAAAUUUACAGUUACAACUUUUAAAAGUCGCUUUUCACGUUGUUCGAAUUGUCUAGAAUCUUUCACGAGGGCAGACAGUACCCUCAAAAAUGGCGGAUUUUGGCCUUCGUGAGAAAUGCUAAUUUCACCUCAGUCCCAUGUGAGAAGAGCGCUUCAGCUCGACCAAACACCGAAAAGCUAGAGACAUGUAAAAACAUGUAUUUGUUAUUUAGACGGAGACGAUAAUUUUACAACGUGAUAAUAAAGGACUGGGCUUUAGUAUUGCUGGGGGUCGUGGUUCAACUCCUUAUAAGGGAACGGAUCAGGUGAGCAGGAGUUCGUGAAGUGUUCGGCUCCUUCCGAAUUCCUAUGUUUUAAUGCGUUUUUGUUCUGGUUUAAGGCUAUUUUCAUCUCAAAACUUGCCGUAGGAGGUACAGCUGAGGUGGAUAAAAGACUGCGUGUUGGAGAUAAAGUCUUGUCGGUAAGUGAUGUGGUCAGGGCAUGUGUCUUUCGUCUCUGUGAGUGAGGUUUGAUUCCUGCAAUAUUCAGUUGUCUCAUUAUAAUUUCACCCCAGUCACAUGUGAGAAGAGUGCUUCCAGUUUGACUCCACCAAACACCACAGGCUUUCUUUAGGUGCUCAAGUUUCUUCCUGUAGUAAACGAUAGUGGAUGUCCCUGCUAGGCCUUUGGGGAGAACAGUUUAGAACUGAUAGAGCUAUCUGGCAUAAAUAAAGUUUAGGUUUCCUCCUGUAGUAACACUGGAUCAAUAAGAUAUGACCCUUACUGGACCUCUAGGAAGAACAGUUUAGAACUGAUAAUAGAUAUUAUAUAAUACCUUACUGAAUUCUGAUCGUUUAAUUGGCUGUUUAUGGUCACGUGAUAUUGAAUAGAAAAUUCCAUUUCGCAAGAGUGCAAUGGAAUAAAACGUAUAGUACAAUUGCACUCUUUGUGUUUUCGAUAAAUCGCAUCCCUCAAAAUGCUUCUCAUACGAAUCUAUUAGUCUAUUUUGGUAUUAUAUAAAACAAAUAAUGAAUGUUUCUUCGUGCAAUGGUAAGAAUAUUUUCAUUCGGUGAAAGAUGGAAUGUUCCAUUCAACUCGGCUGUCGCCUCGUUGAAUGGAACAUUCCAUCUUUCACCUCAUGAAAAUAUUCUUACCAUUGCACUCAUAAACAUUCAUUAUUUGUAUACUAUACUAGCUUAUCCAGUAUAAAUAAGGUUAGUUUGCUUUAGUUAAACAGAUCUGAUCACCAUACUCUCAGUAAUAUUUUAUUUCCAAACCGUUUCAGAUCAAUAACAAGUCCGUGGAUAACGCGAGUCACGAGGAAGCUGUAGCCCUACUUACUACUAGUUACCCCUCAGUAACCUUAGCAGUCUCCCGUGAGCGAGUGCUGGAGAAACGAAUGACGCCGCUGUCCAAACAUCGCGAGGACUCGUUUAUUAACAAGAGAAUAGCGGAGAAAGAGAUGAUACAAGAUGCAAUGAUACGAGCCUCGGCUGGGGUAAGGGAUAUAGUUACGAGAUUAAUUGGGCAUCUCAGAACCAGGGGUGGAAAAAAUAGGCGAGCACGCGAGCAUUGCCCGCAGGAAAUGUUAAACCCAUGUCGUACUCUCAAAAUUUCCAUCUACAACUGUGUUGUGCCUAUUCCUAACAUGAUUCUAUCUAUGAUAUCUUCGUUCUGAUUGGGUGCAAACACUAUUCUAAUUCCAAAUUAUUAUUCAAUUAUUACAAAUGUUUACAUAAAUAUUUUCAGGACACGAAUCAUGUUGAUAAUGAUAGUGAUGAUGAAUUUGACAGGCCGAAAGUUGAGGUAAAAACUUUACGGUAUUAACUAUACUUAUGGCUGUCAGUUUAUGUGAAUGUUCCUGUAUUAAUGUUGUUAUUCUGUGUACUAUAGAGAAUUGAAUUAAAGAAAGGCAAUGGUCCGCUAGGAUUCAGUGUUGUUGGCGGUUCAGAUCACGCUUGCCACCCGUUUGGUAUGGACGAGCCUGGACUCUUUAUCUCUAAAGUAAGUACUGACAUUUUCCUGCUCGUGUUUGGAUCAGAAUUAUUUUGUUUUGAAAACACCUUUUACUGUAUUUUGUAGAUCGUACCAAAUGGUGCUGCGUCGAAUACGAAUUUGCGAGUUGGUGAUCGUAUCUUAGCUGUAAGUUGAAAAAAUUACUUGAAUGAAAAAAUUACUGACAUGAAAAAAUUACUGAAAUGAAAAAAUUACUACUAUAAAUACUUUUUUAAACAGUACAGCACAGAUUUGUUAAAUUGAUACAUUUGAUAAUUGUAUUAAGAAGUGUUUAUUUGCACCGUAGGUCAAUGGUAAAGAUAUGACAAGAUCGACUCAUCACGAUGCUGUCACGGCUCUCAUAUCAAAUGUUUCAUCUAUCAAACUUUUAGUCCGCCAUGAUCCACCGCCCCCCGGACUAAUGGUAAGUAUUAUGACCAAUGGUUACUUUUUUCAGGGGGGGACAUUGGUAUAUAGAACGAUCAUCAAAAGACUUUCCUGCAUUAAAACACACAAACAAACAUUACAUUUGAGAGCUAAAUUGAGAAGGACGCAUUUCAAACCUGAUGAAGUUGAACGGUCACUAGAGUCUCUCUGGUAGCUACCUUACGACAUAACAUCUUGUAUUAAACACUGUAGUACUGUACGUAUAAUCUCGUUUGCUGUAUAUUUUCAGGAAGUCACAAUCAUGAAAUACCCCGGUGAAAAACUGGGCAUAAGUAUACGAGGGGGUGCGAAGGGACAUCCAGGGAAUCCGCUGGAUACUAAAGAUGAAGGAAUCUUUAUUUCAAAGGUAUGUAUUCCCGCAUCUAAGAACGUUUAGCAUUGCUCGCAUGACAAGGACAGCGCUGUAAUGUGUGUGUUUGUUUGGUAGGUCAACGAAAGUGGCGCAGCAGCCAAAGACAAAAGACUUCAUGUUGGACAAAGAAUACUCGAGGUACAAAAGUUUCUAUACAAUGGAUGACCCUUACUGGACUGGGAGAACAGUUUAGAACUGAUAGACCUUACCAGUAUAGAUAAAGUCAGUAAACUGACUUAGGUUUAAGUUUCCUCCUGUAGUAACACUGGAUCAAUAAGAGAUGAUCCUAAUUGAUAGAGCUAUCCAGUUUUAAUAAAGUUUGUUUAGUUUAGGUUUCCUCCUGUAGUAACACUGGAUGAAUAAGAGAUGACCCUUACUGGACCUCUAAGGAGAACAGUUUAGAACUGAUAGAGCUAUCCAGUAUGAAUAAAGUUAGUUUAGUUUAGGUUUCUUCCUGUAGUAACACUGGAUCAUUAAAAGAUGAUCCUUACUGCACCUCUAGGAAGAACAGUUUAGAAUUGAUAGAGUUAUUCAGUAUAAAUAAAGUUAGUUUAAUUUAGGUUUCCUCCUGUAGUAACACUGGAUCAAUAGGAGAUGAUCCUUACUGGAUCUUUAGGAAGACCAGUUUAGAACUGAUAGAGCUAUCCAGUAUGAAUUAGUUUAGUUUAUGUUGAAAAUAAUGUGGUUAAUCUUGUGUCUAGGUAAAUAGUACCAGUCUUCUGGGAGCGACGCACAUGGAGGCCGUUCGUUCGUUACGUAGUGUAGGUGACAGUCUCUCAUUGGUCGUCGCUGAUGGCUACGAUGUUUCGAAAGUCGAAGCAAUGGUCGGAGUGAUUGCGAAUCCUUUAGCUGCGGGAGAAAGCAUCGGUUCUCCUGAUGAAAAUAAACAUUUCGGGUAUGAUUCUGAUCGAUCAAGUGUCCGAGGUAGCUUGAACGAAAAGGUAGGUGCAGUUGUACAGCACCCAGGGCAUAUACUGUACAUGCAUAUAGAGAUCAGUAUAUGGAUCGUAUACAGAGCGAAUAGAUCUUGACUGGAUUGUUCUUCAAGUCCUAGUAGAAUUUCAGUGUGUGGUGGUUUUCAUGAGAAGUUGAUGAACUUUUGCAUGUCACAAUCUGGUACUGCACAGAACAUCGAUAUUUGGUUCUAAGCUGCUUUGUUUUUACAGGAAAUGACAAGAGAUGGUCCGAAUAAACUCGUGAAUGAUGAUAGCAGAGUUCAAAUGGUAAAUUUUAUAAAAUGAUAUCACACAGUUGCUCUGGUUGUGUCCUCCCGAAGUUUCCAUUUACAAAAUCCCUUCAUCCGUUUGCGAUGUUCUUCUUCUGGUGUAUGUGAACGAGUGGAAGAGUUAGGAAUGUUUAGAUGAGGGGACAUAUACUCCGAACAUUCGUAACUUACUUACUCGUUCACAUCCAGCAAAAGAAGAAAAUCGCGCUAGAAAUCGCAGCAAAAAUUUCAAGUGUAUUACAGCCUUUCAGGUAUCCGUUUGAAGUCCUGGCUAAUAAUAAUUUGGGCAUGGCCAAUACUGUUUUGCUCUACUGAGGCUCCGGCUAUUAAUUGAUGAGUUGAGUGGUGGGCAAAAGCUUGCAAGCUUUGUCUAUUUGGUAUAUUGUCCGAGUGCAAGAUUGGGCUAAAAAUUUCAGCUUGUCAUGACUGCAAGUACCGGCGAAUUACACACAGUCUCUGGCGAAUGGCUGUCAUAUGUCUUCUUAGCGCUGGCGAAAUUCGCCGUUCGCCGGCCUAAAACAAGAUGGGUGGUGUAAACGGACCUUUAAGGUCUCGAUAUUUGUGAAUCAUAGGGCGCUUUCCAUUUAAUGGCCUGACCGGUCAGACCCAAAUUGUUUUUCUCUGUAUCAAUGGAAAGAUCUGGUCUAUGUUUUUCAAAUAUCUAGCGAAAUUGACCUCAUUCUAAUUUUAUAUAAAUUUUCCGGUCAGAUAGGUCCGAAGCCCAAAUGUUUUGUGUUCCAUUCAACAAUUUGACCGUUCUGACAGGUCUGGCCGUGUUAAUGGAAAGCGCCCAUAGGCAUUGUAAUCUCAUCUCAAGAUUGACAAUGAAAUUCUAAUGUUUUUGAGUGUAUAUCCGCACCGGGCAGGCUGAAAAGUUAGCCUGACCACGGUGGGAAUCGAACCCGCGACCUUUGAGAUGCUAGUCCGAUGCUCUGCCAACUGAGCUACGAGUCAGGCUAACUUUUCAGCCUGCACUCAGAGUAACAUCAAAAACAUAUUCACCUGAGUACAUAACACCAAAACACACACAAAAAGUAUAAUGAAAUUCUAGUUAGGCCAAAAAAAAAAUAUGUGGGUUUCCGGUUUCUUCUUAUAAAAACUUAGGUAGGGUAGGUCGGUUUUAACUUUUUUUUUUAAACUUUUUUUUUUAAUUUUCCGAACAAGCGGACGCCAUUUUGUUUAGUCAGUGCUUCCACAUCCAAAGAUAAAUUUUCCUAAUAUUGCCUCAAAUUUCAAUUUUCAGCAAACUUUUUCCUCUAAGUGGAAACACUUACAAGCAUGAUCCAAUAAAAAAGUUUAGGGUCGGGAUUUCGACGUCCAAAAGCUAGGUAGGGUCGGGAAACCGGAAACCCACAUAUUUUUUUUUUGGCCUUAUGUUAUUAUAGUUUACAUUGUCAGCGUCGACCUCUUAUCGAUGUCUCGUGUGCAAGUUACUAAUACUUUCAUCAUUUUAUAGGACGUUGCUGUGCCUCACUCGCAAACUACAGUACCCAACGUCCGCCCUGAACCUGACCUCCAUCUCCCAUUAAACAACUCAAUAAAAUCCCCCCAGAGUACAAACUCGGUCGCCUCCCCCGGGAGGUCUCCUUCGGGAAGUCUCACCCCCUCCGAACAACGUGCAUUGGACGCCGAAAAACGUGCAGCUUGGAGACAAGCACGCAUGCGCGAACUUGAAGAGGACGCCUUGAAGGCACAGGUUGUCAUUGCGCAAGUGAAAGCAAUGUCGGCGACAAGUUUAGAAGGGACCUCUUUGUCGGACGAGGAUCGGAAAAUCCCGCCGACCGAUCAUUUAAAUAAUGCUUCAACGAAGUUAACUGCUUAGCUGAUAUUUUGAAGAAUUACUGAUCCGACAGAUAUCUAGGCAUAUGUACUCGGAAGAUGACAAAAAAUACGUCUAAAGUAUUUCAUGGCUGUGAUGGGCAACUAUACAUUCCUAACUCGUGUGCGUUUAAACUGAAAAUUGUCGAAGCGUAGCCAGCAUUGAAAAUAAUACGAUACCGUCGCUCUGAAUAUAUUUAAAGAAAGCUAGAGUCAGUGAAUGAAAGCCAGCCAUCUUCAAGACUUGCCAAGUUAUGGAUCUAUUAUCUGCUUGUUCUUAUACAUGACACGUAUUUGCCAGAGGUGUAUGCAUGGGGAAUUUAAAGUAUCGAGGCGGAAAUACGAGCUUGCGGCAAGAAUAAUUGGAAAAAUUCAACUUUGGAAAGAAUUAUGUUGGAAGAGAGUCGUAGAAGAAACAGGUUUAACAUUUUUUACAGCUUGCGUACGUUUUUGUACAGCCGUAAUCGUCACGUAUUUUGAAGAACAUGUAUAUAUGAAGAGAAGAUAAAUAUCCGCGGGCCAAAAAUAAUCAUGGUAGAAAAUUUUGGCAAUACAUUCUCCACCAAAAAUGUUUCCAUCAAAAAUCAACUCUUCGUGAGUUGCAAAAGUCUUCUGUUAAUAGAAAAAGACGUUAUAAUAUAUUGGAAAACAGCUAUUCCAUCAAGAAUUGGAACUGCCAAGGCAGAUUUUGAACAUUUUUACGUUGGAUAAAUGGAUAUGGUCUCGAGAUACAUAAUUUUGACUGUGAAGACUACAUGCUGAAAAUCAUGAAAUAUGAUUAUAAUUAUACCUUUUAUGAAUAUGAUUUUACCUUUUUAUGAUAAAAAAGGCAUCAUAGCUUUCCGUAUUUUACUCUUUUAGGAACUUAGAAAUUUUAGGUACAAAUGCUAGCUCUCUCUAGUUAGCGCAAGUUUUAGAUGUGUGCAGUUGCCAGUUGAAUGCUCAAGAAGUACAAUGAAUUUUUAAAAGUAAUUUUAAUCGUAUUUUAUACUGUAUAAAAGUUGUACAAUUAUUGUGGGACAAGUUUAAACGAUCAUAGAGUAUAGAGGACAAUGUACUUAUGUUGUAAUAUAAACUGAAGUCAAAUAUAUAUAAGAAACAGA